AUGACAGCCUGCCACACCGUGGGCCCCGACCUGUCUCUGAGCGGGGACUGCGUACGGCAGACAGUCCGCAGUCAUGGCGUCCUGGGCCUGUACCGCGGCCUCAGCUCCCUGCUCUACGGCUCCAUCCCCAAGGCGGCCGUCAGGUUCGGGACGUUCGAGUUUCUCAGCAACCACAUGCGGGACGCCCAGGGACGACUGGACAGCACGCGCGGGCUGCUGUGCGGCCUGGGCGCCGGAGUGGCCGAGGCCGUAGUGGUCGUGUGCCCCAUGGAGACCAUCAAGGUGAAAUUCAUCCAUGACCAGACCUCUGCCAGUCCCAAAUACCGAGGAUUCUUCCACGGGGUCAGGGAGAUCGUGCGGGAACAAGGGCUGAAGGGGACGUACCAAGGUCUCACGGCCACCGUGCUGAAGCAGGGAUCCAACCAGGCCAUCCGCUUCUUCGUCAUGACCUCCCUGCGCAACUGGUACCGAGGGGACAACCCCAACAAGCCCAUGAACCCGCUGAUCACUGGUGUGUUCGGAGCCAUCGCGGGUGCAGCCAGUGUCUUCGGAAACACUCCACUGGAUGUGAUUAAGACCAGGAUGCAGGGACUGGAGGCACACAAGUACCGAAACACGUGGGACUGCGGCCUGCAGAUCCUGAGGAACGAGGGACUCAAGGCGUUCUACAAGGGCACUGUCCCGCGCCUCGGCAGGGUCUGCCUGGACGUGGCCAUCGUGUUCAUCAUCUACGACGAGGUGGUGAAGCUUCUCAACAAAGUGUGGAAGACGGACUGAGCCCUGGGGUCUGUGUGCGGGCUGCCCCCGGCGCUCCCUUCUUACAAUUCCAGUGCAGUCGUGCCAAAAGGCCUGUUCCCUGUCCCGCGUACUCCAUGGCCUGGGUGUCCCCUUUGGCCGUCGGGUCCACACGUCCUCUGUGGCCUGUACACCACCACCACCAGUGUCUGUGUGUCCAGCUGAGACUGGGUGUCCCUCUGGCCUGUGAAUCUGUGCCCACUUGUCCACGUGCUUGUGUGCCCGUGUCGUUUCAUGUGCUGUGACCCUGUGCCCCACUUCCCGGGGUGCCCAUGUGGCCGGGGUCACGUCCCAGCCCGGUGCCUUCCACCCUGGGCAGCAGGGGCAGUGCCCCGGCCCACCACAGCUGCCUCCGGGCCUCAGCCUGGCCUCACUGCAUUCCAGGGGCUGCGUGGCCCCCGCUUUUCCCGCCACUGGCCUUAAUGGCCCUUGGGCCCUCCCUCCGCCCGGGACAGGGUGGCACCUGCCACUCUCAGGACCACCCUUCCAAGGCAAUAAACCGGAUCCUGUUG